UCCCUCCCUGAAACUUCAUGUGGAUGAGUUAUUUUUCACUUCCUGGGCUCCAUGGUGGUUGUGUCGCUGGUCAGUUGUGCGCUGCUUCCCUGCCCAGGGACAGCUGCAUUUUGAAAAGGCGAGUGAAGUGAUUGCCUGUGAAGGAGCUUGCUGUCCCCAUCUGCGUACAGGCAAACUGGAGAGAUGACUUGUGAGACGAGAGCGGUAACAGUUCCUAUGGCUGUAUUCGAAACUAACGCAGCGCCCUAUGCACCAAAAGAGGAUUAUUGUUGCCCUUCUGCCCCACCAUAUUCAUGCAUGCAACCACCAACCCCUGUUGAAACAGUCUAUGUGGUGUCUCAGCCUCCAGUCAUUGUAGCAGGAAUCUUUACAAGCAAGCCAGCAGGAACAAUAUGUCCAAGCUGUCGCCAACCCAUUACCACCCAAGUCGUCCACAGAAUGGGUAAACUGACCUUCCUUCUCUGCACAGCCAUGUGUUGUUUUGGGUGCAAUUUUGGAUGCUGUUUCAUCCCUUUCUUCAUGAAAAGGUGCAAGGAUGUAGACCAUUAUUGCCCCUGCUGCCGUUUUCAUAUCUACAGAUACAAUAGGCUCUGAACGCAAAGUCAAGCCUCAGAGAUUCUCAAGGCCAAUUCUCUUUGCUCUGCUACUGAUGUAAGAACUCCUAGAUCAGCUGUGGCCAAGCCACAUGUGGCUCUUACCCUGCCCUCCGAACGCGUGCCCCUGAAAACGGCCCCAGCUCCCCGUGCUCACCGGGGCAGAGGAGCCGUCCGGUGCAGCCAUUCAAAAUGGCAUCUUCAGGAUGGUGGAGGCCGGUGGGAGCCUGAUGUGGCCAAAAAGCCUCUAACUGUGUUUCUUAAAGGAACAGUCAUUUUUUGACCAAAUGCGUCUGGGAGCUUUUUUUAUUCUUGCUCAACAACUCGCCUCCACCCCUUGGCUCUUUGCAUAAUUAUUUUGGCUGUUUGCCUGUAACGGGUUGGCCACCCCUGUCCUAGAUUGAUCUCCUUCUGUGACAUAUGCAAACCCGCAAUGAAUCCCUCAGAUAAUGUCAGCAUCAGGAUAUUAGAUUGUUGCACUGAGUUUUGAAAAUGCUUUCAGAAAUAGUUUCAUGUCAACAUGCCACACAAGUUUUAUUUCCUUGUUUGGAUAUUGUUGCCUUAAGCUAUGAUGGGACUGGUGGAUAGUAGCUUUGGUGCUCUCAUACCUUUUUUUAAAAAUAUCCAGGUGGGACGUGAGUGGGGUGUUAUGUGUCAAAACCCUCCACUUAUUAGAAAGCUUAGAAAUACAUGUUAGAUCAGUGUUUAAUCUCUGACCUAUUGGCAUCUGUGUGUCAGGCCUAAAGUAUGGGUCAACCUAGCUACAUCACUCAUGACGACUGUGAAAAACAUCAUGUGCUGCAUGAUGUAGUUACAUUGCACACUAAAGCAGCUAGGUCCAAGGAAGGGACGAAUUACCUAAUCAACAGACAACCCCCUUCCAUUACUGUAGGAAAUGUCGAUACUACAGCAUCACAGCUGCAACUCAUAGCCAGGGCCACCAUAGGGCAGAUGUAGUCUCUUAUUCUAAGUUCUCUGCCGGUAAGAAAUGUCUUACAUUUGUACAACCCCCACCGUUAGCAGGCCCCAGUCUGGGCUGGGGAUUGUGGGUGGGACGUUACUGUAACUAAAUGUGUAUUGUUCAGUUCACGUGAGCUGUAGGAUAUAAAUUAUGAAACGGAGGUUGCAGAUCAUACAAUUUGUGGGGCAGAA